AUGCGUUUAACAGCUCCAACAAAAAUUAACCAGAAAGCUGGCGAUGAAGCCCUUCUAGAUUUAAUUGUUAUAGACAUGCAGCCUCUACAAAUUGUUGAAAACGAGGGUUUCAUCGCAUACACUAAAAAGUUAAAUCCUGACUACAUCUUGCCUUCCCGAAAAAAAUUAACGAAAAUGUUGGAGGAUAGGUACAACUUAUGCAGUGUGGAGGUUAAGGCGAAGUUGGAAGGAGUAAAAGAUAUCGCCCUGACGACAGAUAUUUGGAGUUCGGAUGGACAGAAUGCUUUUAUUAGUACAACUGCGCAUUUUGUUAAGGACGCGAGUUUGCACUCGUUGGUCAUAUCCACAACCGAGUUGUCAGAACAGCACACUGCUAUAAAUAUUGCCAAUGCUUUGCGCGCCAUAAUGACCGAAUGGCAAAUUUAUGAUAAAGUAGUCACUAUAGUAACAGAUAACGCUUCAAAUAUGAAAAAAGCCGUCCAAGACUACCUCCAGAAAAGGAACCAUUUUUGUGUUGCCCACACUUUAAAUCUAGCCGUAAAAGACUGUAUAAAUAAAGACAACGAUCAACCUCAAAGUGCACAUUUAAAAAAUGAAGAAGUACUGCAAGUUAUCACUAAAAGUCGCACAAUAGUUACUCACUUUAAACAAAGUAUAAAGUCUUCCAAUUCACUUAGAGAAAUGCAGAGCCAGAUGAACUUGGACAUAAUCAAAUUAAAGCAGGAUGUACAAACCCGUUGGAAUUCAACGUUUUAUAUGUUCGAAAGACUUUUGAAAGUAAAAGUGCCUUUGUCCGCGACAUUGUCUAUUUUAGACUCCCCUCCACCCAACUUGGACGCAGCCCAGUGGCAAAUCCUAGAAGACUCUGUAACCAUUUUGCAGCCCUUCGAAAAGAUAACAGCUGUGCUGUCUGCGGAAUCAUAUCCUACCUUAUCUUGCAUAAUACCAUUAGUACGAGGGCUGCAAAACUCGCUAAACAAAAGGACCCCGAUAACCGAAGCCGGCAAGCACUUACAACGGGCUUUAGAGGUGGUAGAUAAACGAUUAAGUGUUUACGAAUCCAACAGAACUGCGGCAAAAGCCACCCUCCUCGACCCGCGCUUCAAGAAGAAGGCAUUCGGCCUAGAUAACAUGGCUGAAAAUGAAGUUAAGUACGUAACGGAGGAAUUGGCGUACUACAUUACCCGCGAACCAAACUACGUCCUAACUGAGCCGCCAGUAGCAAACACUAGUGCCACCAAUGUACCACCAUUAAGCAACGCCGACGAGAUCUGGGAGGACUUUGACAGAAAGUUAACCGAGAGCGUUAUGCAGCAAACCCCGAUCUCGUCGGCAACAACUUUGCUGAAACAAUAUUUAGACUUGCCGUAUCUGGACAGGAAACAAGAUCCUCUGCAAUUUUGGGCAGAGCGGCAGCAACUUUUUCCAAGCCUCUGUCAGAUGGCGUUUAAAUAUUUGUGCAUACCAGCUUUCUCUGUGCCAUCUGAGAGACUUUUUUCUAAAGCCGAUUCCUCGCAACGGGAAACUCUUUUCGAUCACUGGCUUUUAGUUUUCGAAUGGGAAAAACAACAGUAG